AAUGUGAAGAAAUAACUAUAUUUAAAAAUGGAUGAGCUUGAACAACAGUGCGAAGAUGCUGUCUUUGAAGUCUGCGAUGCUCGGGAAAGAUAUCCACUGCAAUGCGCAAAAGAGCUUGAGAAGUGCAUCAAACUCACUAACGAGAUGUGUAUGACCAAAGUUCUUGUAAAGCCAAUAAUUUCAAAUUUGCCAUCUUUUACGAACAAGCACCCUACAGAGCUUGAAAAAAACCUUUCCGAAGCGACUGAAUUGCUAAAGAUACAAGAACAUAAAUUGCAAGUAAUGAUAGAUAAAAUUGAUAAUUUGACAGCUGUUGUAGAGCAGAUUAAAAGUGACAAAUUAAGCGAUGUAAAUAAAUUAUUGUGGGAGUAAGUGAUGUUUCUCAAUUGUAAUAUUACCACUUAAAUUCUUACAAUUCUGAUGUAUAUACAUACUAUACAAAAUAUUGCAUAUUGCAGUUUACAUAAAAAUCUGCCAUGCAUUUUUUACAAUUAUAUUAAGUAAAUAUGAAUA